AUGCUUUUUAUCGGUGAUAUAGAUUUAUUUUUGGAAGGUUUCGUGCACCUAGGAAAACGGAAACCGGUAAAGUCCGACGCUAUUAAAGAGACAAGAUCAAUCGGGUGUUACAAGAAAAAAUUAGCAGGAAUAGGGAAUUGA